ACGACAACGAAAGUAGACGCAUUGCUUUCGCGCCGAGCAGUUUUCGGAUUUCUCAUUUUACUUGUUUGUGUCCGAAUAAAAUGCAGAAUGUGAUCUGUGUUAUGAAAGCAUCCAGUGUUUUAUUUUCAUUUUAUUAUUAUGCCAUAGUUUUGUGAUAGUGUGCAAUUUUCUUUUCCUUGGAUCAUGGAUUUUGUGUUCAUUUUUUGCAUCCCUUGGAUUCUGUUGUCAAGUAUCGGAUGUCGGAAUUUUCUUAAGCACUUUUAUUUAUUGUUUUGUGUUGUGCUUUUUACAUGUUCAAUUAUAUCUGUAUCAUCGGAGGAUUCCGAAGUUUCCAAAGAAGAAUUUUUAAUCAAAUCAUCUAAAGUUAUUGAAGCUGUACCAAAUGUUUUACGCCGAGGUCUAUCAACUGCUACGGCAUUGCCUGAUGACUGGGACUGUGCUGCCGUGCUUGCGUGCGACGACCCUGUGGGUUACGAGGCUAUCCGGAGUCUUCACCGACAGCUGGACGACGACGCCAACGGCAGCAUCGAUGUCUCGGAAACCGACGAGUUCUUGCGAGACGAACUUCAGUAUGAGAAUGGACGGCACAAGGAAAGGCACAAAGAAUUCCAUGGAGAUGACAAAUAUAUUAAUGUUGAUGAACUGUGGCAGGCGUGGAGAAUAUCAGAAGUGCACAAUUGGACGGUUGAUCAAACUGUGGAAUGGCUGAUUACACAGGUUGAGCUACCACAAUAUGAGCACAAUUUUCGCAACAAUGGAGUGAAUGGAGCAGUUCUUCCUCUCUUAGCUCAAAACACCCAUAAUUUCAUUUCACACAACCUUGGCAUCAAAGAUUCUAUUAGCAAGCAAAAGAUAGCGCUUAAAGCUAUGGAUGUUGUUCUCUUUGGACCUCCUAAAUAUCGCAACUAUUAUAAAGACGUUUUUCUUGCCCUUUCCUUGCUGAUCGCAGUGGGUGGUUGCUGGUUUGCUUAUGUGCAGCACAAGCGUUCUCAGACCCACAUGGUCAAGAUGAUGAAGGACAUGGAAGCCCUCCAGAAGGCUGAAGAUUCUCUCUUUGAUCUCCAGAAAGAAUUAAGUAAAGCCAGGCAGGAGCAAGAAAUUGUCAGCAUUGAGAAACAAGAUCUUGAGAGGAGACUUCAAGAUGAAAUUUCUAUAGCUAGACAGAAAUAUUUAGAUCAUGCCAUGUGUGAAGGAGGUGAAGUAGGUGAUCAGGCCCGACUGCUUGAAUUGGAACGUGAACUGCAGUUAGCUCGCAAUGAUUUGCGUGAAGCAGAGAAAAAAUUGGAGGCCAGGCAUUGGGUAGCACCCACAAAACUGCAACAGUGGCUACAACUCACUCAUGAAUUAGAGUUAAAAAAUUACAAUGCUAAGAAAGCUAUUGCCGAGCAACAGCUACAGGCAGCAAAAGAAGGGUGUGAAAAAUUGAGUAAAAAAAGAGCUACUUUUAUGGGUGCAUUUAGAAUAGCUCAUGGUAGCUCUAUAGAUGAUGUAGAUGAUCGUAUUGUAAAAGCCAAAUCUGCUCUAUUUGAAGUUACCAAUGACCUUCAAGAGCGAAUGCACCGUUGGAAGCAGAUUGAGGUGUUGUGUGGAGUGCCUAUCAUUUUAAACCCUGGCCUCACGUUUCUAGAGAAUAUUCUUAAAUCUGGGAAAGGAAAUGGUACUGUAGGGAGUACUCAUUCAGGUUUGAGUACCCUGAGCUUAAGCAGUAGUGACACAACCCUCCGUGAAGAAAGUCCUCCUCCUUAUGUAGGAGUUGUUCAAACUUCUGUAACUUCCACUAAAACUACUGAGAGACUAAGCUUUAAAGGAAAGCGCUUUCUCAUUCACCGAGACAGCGGUAUUUCCCUUACUCCAGCAGCCCACAGUCCUGCCAUUUAUGGACCUUCCACCUCCAGAAAUGGUACAACCUCCAACAUUCCCCCACCCACUUACUCCAAGUCAAGCCCUUCCUUCACUAAGAAGAUUUCUUCAGAGGGUCCCUCUUUGUACAGUGCUGCUCUCCCUCCCACCGUAUCCAGAGUAGUUUACCCCAAGGAAUGCUACAGACCUGUGGAAAACUUAUCAUCAUUUGAGACAGACAAUGAAGAUUUAUCUAUUGUUGAGGAUGACUCCACUGAGAGAAGUGUCACACCUCCCUCCUUAGCUUCCUGCCCAGAGACACAACGCCCCGUGUUCACAGUUGAUGGGAACAGUGGAGAGGAACCUGUACAAAAGAGCAAAGACUCCGAACCUAUGAUUCAGCAGCUCACUACUGACCAGUCUAAUGGCAAGAUGUCGGACAUUGUGCGCAAAAUCAGUGCCAGUAUUAUGAGUGACAAGAAAAAGAAACCUGGCAGCUUGGUGAUUGAGGCACUGAAGAAAAGUGCCAGCUCCUCCAAUAUUAUAGAGAAUGCUGAUGGAGGUGCCUCCUCUGAGUCGUCAUCCAGUGUUGUCUCUGAGGAGAAAGUUAAGAAAAAGAAGUUCUUCCAGACACUUAGGCAUCGGAAACCUAAAUUUUGAUUUCUCUUCCCUCAGUAAUAGUGUCUGUGAAGAACUUGUGACAAUAUUUUCAUGAAACUAGGUCGUGAUUUUGCUGAAAAGAACCAAUUCACAGUAUAAUGCAUUAUCACUGUAUUGCACUGUGAUAAUUAAAUAUGGUAAAUCAUUUUUUGACCUCAGUAUUUGUAAAUUUAUUGUCUUUGUGUAAUUAAGGAACUGAUGAAUAUGCAAUUUUCUUCCUUUUUUGUGAUAAUACAAAUGCUAAAUGUUGUCGUACUUAGUCAGUUUUGAUACUGUAGAGAUGUCCUGGAAUGAGAUGUUUUCUAAUCAAUCCAGAUUAUCAAAUCUAUAAAGUAGUGUAUAUUUUUUUAAAGUUUGUGGCUUUAUUUUUUGAAUGAAAUAUUCGUACUGAAUCAUGAAUUUCUUGUAAAAGUUUAAUUUUAUGUUUUCUAAAGGAAUUUAAUUGGAAAGACUUAAAACUAUUUAGUUUUUAUUUUUCUUAGAAGUGGCAUGUUGUGCUACAUGUUCCUUUUUUUUUUUUUUUAAUGAGUGAAUUUGAAUCCUAGUUUUAUUAAAAAUAUCAAAAUUAAAAUUUUCAGUCUUGCUUUUUUUUAGUCCAGUUUUUAGUGAUUGAAUUUUUGUUAUUAUUAUUGAAAUGGCACUUCAAUUUUGCAUGUUGUUAAUAUGUAAACAAAAUUCCAAAGUUUCAUUUAGAUUUUAAUGAUUCUUCUCCUUUAGUUGCCAUAUAUUUGUAUGUCAUUGUUUAAAGAUUAUUUUUUAAGUAUUAUUUUAAAAAUUAUUUCUUUUGGCAAAGUAUUAUUUUGAAAAAUUAUAUUAGUUUCUUUUUAAUAAUAAUUAUAUAGAUAUGAGCUUAAAAAACUCUUUCAAAGGAUUUUCCCGAAUUUUGCAUUUAGUUUUUCGAAAAUUACAAUAUAUGACAGUAAUAUUUCUUGUAUUAUAUACUAAAUACUAAUGUUUGAAUGUAUCUUUUCUGACAUAGUUCUUCAAAAACUUGGGAAAUUUCAUGAAUGAUGCUUUUAAGCAAAGAAAUUAUUACUUAAUUGAUAGUUCUGAACUGCUUAUAAACGAUUUUUGCCGACUGUGAUGUGGUUCAUUUGCAAUUUUACGACCCAGUUUUACUUGUUUUAUGAAUGGAAUUUCACUGUGUGAAAUGUUGAAUUGUAUGUGUGGUAUUAGAGAUGAAUGUAAAUGCCAAGUGUAUACAUAUAUAUAUACCUGUGAAAAGAUAUUUAUAUCAGUUCAAAAGCACAUGUUGUGUUUUUACUUAAUAAAAUAUACUCCUUAUUUAUUUAUAUGGUUGCAUGAAUGAAAAAUCUUCCAUUGAAAUUCCUCUAAUUUUUUAAGCUUUUGACUGUGUCUUGUCUCAAGCAGUUCAGAGGAUAUGUGAGUGAUACAUUCCAUCAGCCAAGUGCUAUGUAGAAAGAUAUAGCUGAUUAUUUCUGUAUUAAAAAGAGAAAAGAAAAAUGCAGUAAGUAUUUGAUGCUCCAGUCUCUUCCAAAAUGAUGUUUGCCUUAAUCAUGCAAUUUUACUAUGUCUGAGCAUUAUCUGAAUUACCUAUUUGUACAUUCUGUAUAUUAUGUCUGGUUUCUGUACAGUGAAAGUAUGGAUUCCUGUAUGUCCUAAAUCAUGUUAAUAAAAAAAUUUAGUAAAAUUUUCAUGUGAAAAAUACUCAUGGAUUUUUGUCUCAAGCAAUAAAAUAGUGAACUGUUUAAAAACUUCAAUAAAACAUCCAGCAGCAAGUUUAUAAUGUGUUAAAAUAUUUUUCAAUGGCUUAAAUCAGUAUAAAAGUUUUUUUAUUUUUUAUGAAUGGAUAAAUUUGAUUUUGCUGCAGUGUAAGUAUUUACAUUUAUUAAAUGUAUUAUUUUAUUUUCAUGAUCAUUAAUUAUUGGUUUACCUGUGUGAUGCAGUAUAGCUUGUUGAAAUCAGCAUAACCGCACAUAACUUUUUAAAGCCAUAUCAUCAGAAAAACAAGCAAUAAUACAUUUUAAUUGUUUUUUUGUAAUAGAUAAUUCAUUAUAGAGAGUCUUAAAGUCAUGAAUUCAUGAUUUUCAAUUAUUUAUGAAGAUUCUUCAUUGUUGUAAGUAUUUCUUGUUUUUACAAUAGUAAAUUUCUUAGCUGUGCUAUAUUUUUUUCUAAUAUAAUGCCUUUGACAAAACAGUUAUAAAGGUCUUCUUCAAUGUAUAAUUUGCAAGUUUUAACAGUGUAACUUUGAUACUGAAAGGAAUGUCUUCUGAAAAUCAGUCUGAAGAUCAGUCAGUAUCAAAAUUGCAUAAACCCUUUCUUAUUUAAAAUGCUUCCAUACUUUUAUUUUUCUUGGAAUAUCCUACCUUUGUUAAUAUGACGAUUUACUAAUAUAGUUUACAAAGAUUAGCUUUAUUUUUGAUGAAGUUAUUUUUAAAGAAAUAAAAUGCUCAACAAUAAAAGGGUAUUAUAUUUGUAGACUCCAUGAUCUCAAUAUAAUGACUCAGAUGAUAUUAUUUGAAGUUUAAAAGUUAUGCAUUAACAUUUUCAUUCAUGCAUAUAUUCAUUUGUAAGAUUUUUUGAUGUUGUCAUCUGUAUUAUAAAUAGGCUAGUGCAUAUGCAUCAAGAUCUUGCAAUUGUUAAGGCAGCAGUAAAAAGCCAGAUAUUUCACUAAAAAGUUUCUUCACAUAUUCUAAAUCCUUAGACAAAAUCUUGUGCUAUGCAUAUAAGAAAGAAAUUAAGCUUUCAGAAUAAUUUCUUUCCUAUCUGUUCUUUCUUGGAUGUAAGUUUAUGUUUAAAGCAGUAUCUAAUCUUUUUUAUUUAGUUUUUUUAAUAAUUUAUAUUGUUUAAGAAAUCUGUGAUAAUAAUUAAAAUUACAUAUUUAUAAAAUAAUUAAAAAAUUAUUUUUUUAAUAUUUUGUAUUUAAUAUAAAAAUUUAAAGCAAAAUUAUUCCUAAAAUUUUUAUCAUUAAUCAUUUAAAUGUUAUAGAAAAAAACUGUUCAUGUUUAAAUAGAUAAUCAAUAGUUUUGUGGGAGAGGAGAAAAAAAGAGUUUCUGUAAGCUAGCUUUAUGUGAAUGUAGAAAUAUAAAAAAUUACACAAACUGCUAUUAUAUAAUAUGCAAUCUAUAGUUUGCAAUCAAUAGUUUGCGGAGUAUCUACUUCCAGUAAAUAAAGCGAAUGAAAAUAGCAAAUACAGAAUUUUUUUAUUUAUAAUUAAAAAGGUUAUAUAUUUCUUUUGGAAACUAAUUGAACUGAAAGACUUAUUUUUAUCUUUUAUAGAAAUAAGAUCCAAAUGGAUUUUGUUUUAAAUAGGUAUGCUUUUGGUUUUCUAAAUUUAUUUUUCCCUUGAGAAAAACAAGUUGAAAAUUAUCGGUAGUUUUUCAAAUCUGUGAAAUAGAAAUUCAAAAUUUACCUCUCUGGUGUUGUUUUUCUAAUAGAUAUUAUUUCAAAUAGUAUGUUGCAAAGGGCACAAUAGUUUCCUAAUUGUAUACUGCAGUUAGUACAAACACUUUUUAUUUAGUCAUAAGUACUGUUAGAUUGGAUUUUGUUAGGAAUAAAACUUCAAUUACAUAUUGCUAAAGCCUUCAGCUGUUAAGAUUUUCUUGUCCGUUUUGAAGUAUAUGCCUAAAGAUAGAGAAUCAAUACGCUAAAUGAUUUCAAUUCAUAUGAUUCAAUUUGCAUUUAGUUGUAAAAUCGUGACUUUCUUAUCAACAGAAAAGGGAUGUAAAUCUUAUUUUCAUCAAAAAUUAUUAUUUGUACAAUGAAUCCUACCUAUGACCUCUGAUAAAUAUUAUACUGAAGAUAGAAUAUCCAAGUGAAAUUUUUUAAGUGUUUGAAGAAUUUUAAGGUAUUUCUCUUCAACUUUUCAAGAAAUAAUUAACAGUAUUUAUCACAGAGUGAAAACACAAAUUUGUAUUUAAUAAAUCAGUUAUUAAAUAUUAGUUCUUUGUCUAUUGAUUUAGGUUGUUUGAUGAUAAAAAUAUUGAUUAAUCAUUAAAGAUUUUAGAAAACUUAUAUUUCAUAUCAUUGAUUUAAUUAAUUAUCAUAAUUUUUAAUGAUUUUAUUAAGCUAAAUAAAUUUUAUUAAUAAAUAAUAUUUGCAUUAAAUAUUUAUUUUAAUUUUUUGCAAAAGAAAUUACAACAUUAUAAGCAAAUUUAUUAUAAAUUAUAAUCAAUUAUAUAAUAACAUCCAAAACAUAGAUAAAUCAGAAAAAUAUUUGUUUUAAAUGACUGGACAUUUAUUUCAUUUUGCAUUAGAGACUCAUUUUUUUUUAUUGCAUGAAAUACUGCUUAAUUUAAGACUUGAGAAAUUAAUCACUGCAAUCAUUGUGUACUUUCCAGAGCAUAAACUGUACCUCUUUGUAAGAACCUUUGAAUUCAGAUGUCAUGCUCAAUUUUUGAGAUUCAAAUCUAUGACAACACUCAAUGAAGAUAUGAUUAAAGUUUUGUAAUAUUUUUUUAUUUGUUCAACUCCUUUUUACAAUAAUCACAUAUUUAGGUGAUCAGAUUGUUAUAUUCUAUUUCAGAAAUCAAAAUUUAAUAUAUGUAUAAAAUAUUUAUGAAAUGAAUUACAUUUUUUCAUGAAGAAAGGGCUUAAAUUUGCCGUGCAUAAAAGUUUGAGAAAAAAUGUUGGUGAAUUUCAUUUAGUUGUUUUAAGUGUAACUUUGUGCUGUGCAUAUGUAUUGUUGUAUGUUAUAUUAUUAGGAUUUUAGCAUAUAAAUAUCUAUGCAAGCCCAUUUUUACUAUAAAGAAUUAAUUUUAUUUUCUAGAACAGUGAUUAUAUUUUAAUAAUAUACAGUUUUUCCCAGUUUGCUAGUCAUAAUAAUACAAACUAUAUAUAAAUGUUAGAUUGUUAUAAUUGUUUAUUCAAGGUAUAGAACUGAAAGUAGAGAUAAAAAAAUCAAAACACUAGUGGCCUAUAUAUAUACAUAUAUGUUUAUUACAUGUUUCAACUCUGAACAAAAUGUUGUCAUAUUUCUGCAUUGCUCAUCCUGAAAUAAAUAUGUGAUCAAUUUGAAUUUUUUAUGUACCUUAUACAGCUCUCAAUUUGAGCUUGCUCAUUGAAGGGGUAUUAAAUGUUUGCAAAGCAAUAAAUUUAUAGUCUCGCAAUUUACCUUGCACAUUUAUAAUAGUAUUCUGCACUUAUAUAUAUAUAUAUUUUCGAUUCUUGAUACUUGUAUUCAGCUUCAUUUAAGUACCCUUAGGUUUUUGACUACUAGGGAAGUUAUGUUUCUUUCUUUUAAAUUCGAAUAAUAUUUUAUCAUGAAGCUAAAAUAUAUGCAACUAAACAUCUAUAAAUGUUUCAGCUGUUUUUGAAAUGUCGGUCUGAAUAUUUCUGUUUUGUUUAUUCCCCUUUCGGACAUUUCAUAGUUGUAAACAAGAUGUCAUGUUAUUUCUUGUGUGUUUCCACUUUUGAUGAUAUUAAAUUCUUUGUAUUAAUUUCAUAUAUUCUUAAAAUCUUUUAUUUGGCUAAAAACAUUGUCAUCUAAUGUAUUUACUUUAGUUAAAGUUUAUUUUGUUGGGAUAACAAUUAUUACUCCAAUAUGAAUUAUUUGUUAGUAUUUAGUGUAAUCUGCAUUGCCAUCUUACUGUAUAGUUUGACUGUAAUGGGUACACAUGUAAUCCUUAUCUAAGACUACUAUGUGUUCAUGGAUAUCUUCUUCGGUUCAAAACAAGAAAAUUAUCAUCUUCAAAAAAUGUAUCAACAUUACAUUUUCAAAACAUCAAAUUUUUUUUUAUUGAAUUUAUUUAUUUAAAUAUUUUUAUAUGGGAAAUUGAUAAUAAUUUUUGACUGAAAUGUGCCUAGUUACCUUAUUUAGUAAUGUUUUUGUUAUAUCAUUAUUAAUUACAUGAAUAAAAAGACACAAGUUUAAAAAGCAAAUAAAAUUCACAAGUAUAAAUGUAUAUAUCAUUCUAUGCAAAUAUGCUAAAUCUGAUGUUUUAUAAUAUUGGCAAAAUCUUUGUUUAAAAUAUUUUCUUUGCAAUAUUUAGUAAGGAUAGAUUUAUUUCAUUUUUCUAUUCUGAUUUCACUGUAAAAGAUUAAAACUUGAAUUUUUUUUUAAAUCUAUUUAUUCUUAAUAGUUCUGUAAUAAAAAUUAUUUUUAAUGAUGCCAAGUUUUGUAUUGAAUAUUUAGAAUUUUGGUAUUUAUUUUCUUAUCAUAAAUCAAAUUAUUAUUAUAUGCUUUGAUAACUGAAUGAUCUUGCAAUAACAGGCUAUUUUUUAUUAUUUAUUUGGAUGAGUGUGUCACCAUAUUUUUUAAUUAAUGAAACGAAAUAACGCUUGGCUGUAUUAUUAUUUUUCUUGAUUUGACACUACUCACAAAUUAUAUUUUCUGUGUGACAUCAUAUUCAAGUACAGUUAAAAUAAUUAAGUCUGUGGUGAAUAAAAAUUGGUCAUUUUAUUUUAAGAUUAUGGGAUACUAAAGGGUAGUUUUUAUAAUUUAAUUUAGUUACUGAAUGAAAAUAGAAUUUUAUUUUAUUUUAUUGUGAAAUUCAGCAUUUAAAAUCUGAAUUUUGUGCUCCUCUAGAGUAUGUUUCUAAUUUUCAAAAAGACGUAUGAAAUAUUAGCAUAACAAUCUUAAUCACGAUUUUUGUUUAUUAAUUUUUAAAUCUUACUUUUAUUUUUUAUAUAGAAAAUAUUAAGCUUCUUCAUGUUUUUAGUUUGUUUUUUGUAAAAAUACAAGCCAAUUCUACUAAUUUUUUUUCUCAAUGUCAUGAAAUAUCCAUUAAUUUCUGAAAUUAAAUUAGAAACGUCAUCUAAGUCACAGUUGAAGAGUCUUAGCUCAUUUUAGAUUUUUAAGCUAUAGUUAAGUUAGCAUUUAUUCUGUGUGUAAUAAUAUAUUUCAUCUUAUGGAAUUUUUUUAAAAGCAUUUCUCUUUCUCUCUUUUUAAGUACUUCUCAUUAAUCAUAAAAUAUUUCUAAAUAUGCAGUAACUCUCAUGUGAAUGUUUGUAAGUGGUUAAAUUAUCUUGUAUGUUGGAAUCUGUAUGGAAGCAUUCAGUUUAAUUGUAAUCUUAAUUUUGGUGUUAACUGGUGAAUUUCCAGUUACACAAAUGGUACACUAGAUUUAACUAGAUGGCAAUAUAACACUAGAAAUGAUUUUGAUUUAAUAAAUUGCUCGAAAUUCAUAUAUACAGGAAAGAAUUAAAAAAGAUGCUCAGUAAAAAAAAGGUUUCCAAAUUUCAUUAAAUUUUUUAAUUAAUUUAUUACAUUUAAUGUAUAAUCUCUGUUUUGGGUAAUUUACCUAUUAAUAUUUAAUAAAAACCAAAACACAAUUAUAUUAAUGAUAAAGAUUCUACUUUUCAAUUAUUACAAAGUUAAUAUGUAACAUUAAUUUUUUUUUUAUUUCACUUCUAACACAACUGCUAAUGAGACUUAUUAUAUUUUUAAUUCUCUUAUGUAUUUAAGCAAGCUAUGUUUUUUUUAAAGAAACAAAUAAUUAUGGCAGUCUACAAGAAAGUUUCUGUUGUUUUUCAACGAGUUUCAACGAAAUGUUUGUGAUAAAAGGCAAUCUUAAAGGUAACAAGUGAACUGAAUGUUUCUUGUAUUCGACUGAAUUUUUUGAAAGAAGAUCUCUCUCGAUUUUCGAAAAAUCUGUCUCCAAUCGCAUUACAAUCCCAAAUGUCUUUCCAAUGUUUCUAUAAAAAAAAGUAUUUAUAAUAAAAGAAGAAAAGUAUUGUUACAAUUGUGUGUGUGUGAACAAGUGUACAUAAGGGCAUUGUAUUUUGAAGGAAAAAAAUGUUCAAUAAAAAAAUCAAAAUGUGAA